GGAUGGAGUCUGUGAGAAAAGAAACGCUCGUCGCUCUACGAUCCUACGAUCGCGUUGGAGAAGUUGUUUUGCGUUGACGAUGCCGGGCUACGUGUGGCCGCUUUCGUGACUGUGAUGUGUUCAGCGUCUCCUAGUUCGCCCGCUCUGAACUGUGAACAUCGUUGACGUGUGCCCACUCACGGUUGACCUUUCAAAAUGCACACUUUACUCGUACUCGGCAUCAAUCUGACGAUGUCGACUGUUGCUCAUCUAGUCACGCUAGACUUAAUACCCCGUUUCAGAGAGAUGUUUAUUAAAGCUGGACUAUCAGGGGUCGACAUGAGCAAAACAACCAAAGCAAAAGUCCCAGAAUCCGUUGGCGUGAUAUCGGCGACAGUCUUCUUAAUUACCAUGUUCCUGUUUAUCCCUGUGCCCUUCUUCAACUAUCUGACGGAAGCCUCAAUCUUUCCACACAGUGAUUUUGUCGAGCUUCUGGCAGCUCUCCUGUCCAUCUGCUGCAUGCUGCUGCUGGGCUUUGCGGACGACGUGCUGGACCUCAAGUGGCGAGACAAGCUGCUCUUGCCAACGUUGGCGUCGCUGCCAUUACUCGUCGUCUACUAUGUCACCUUUAACAACACGACGAUCAUUGUGCCCAAGCCCUUCCGCUUCAUACUUGGCAACGACCUUUGGCUCGGUCCAUUGUACUACAUAUACAUGGGAAUGCUUGCCGUGUUCUGCACAAAUGCCAUCAACAUUCUUGCCGGCAUCAACGGUCUUGAAGCUGGCCAGUCUGCUGUCAUUGCUGCUUCCAUCAUAAUUUUUAAUCUAAUUGAAUUGUUUGGCGACUGCUGGAAAAGCCACCUGUUUUCGCUCUACCUGAUGCCUCCAUUUCUCUUCACCACUUUGGGCCUCCUGAAGUACAAUUGGUACCCAUCGCAAGUUUUUGUGGGUGACACAUUCUGCUACUUCGCUGGCAUGACCUUUGCCGUGGUGGGCAUACUGGGCCAUUUCAGCAAAACCAUGCUGCUGUUCUUUCUCCCACAAGUGUUCAACUUCCUGUACAGCAUGCCACAGCUCUUCCACCUAGUGCCAUGCCCAAGACACAGGCUUCCCAGGUUCUGCCCUGAGGAGGACAAAAUGGAAGCGAGCACAGUGCGUUUCCGAGUGUCCUCGCUCAACCCUCUGGGACGACUGGUGCUCCAGCUGUAUCGAACCUUUGGUUUGGUGCAGUGCAAGCCAGUGCAUGAGAAAGACAGUGAUGAGGUGGACUGCAGCAACUUCACGCUCAUCAAUCUAGUUCUCGUGUGGGGCGGCAAGCAGCACGAGCAGUCGGUCACCACUGUGCUCCUUGCUAUUCAGGUGGCUUCCAGUGUGGUGGCAUUUGGCAUUCGAUAUGGCCUUGCAAGGCUCUUUUACGACUUCUAGUCCACUUAUUUUUCAAAUUGUCUCCUUCUCUGGUUUCGGAUAAUAAAAUGUUGUGUUUUU